AGCUCGGCCGGGAGGACCCCGGGGACCAGGAGGAGGACCCGGAGGACCAGAAGGAGGACCCGGAGGAGGAGGGGCCACCGCAUCAAAGACGCCGGCUUCCCGCGGCCCGGGGGCGAGCCAUGCGCGGCGGUCGGUAAUGUCAGCGGAACAGGACAAGGAGCCCAUCGCGCUAAAGAGAGUUCGAGGUGGUGACAGUGGACUGGAUGGGUUAGGAGGACCAAAUAUACAACUAGGAAGCCCAGAUAAGAAAAAACGCAAGGGCAGUGCACAGGGACCUUCCUUUCCUCCAUUGUCUGAGUAUGCACCACCACCCAAUCCAAACUCCGACCAUCUAGUGGCCGCCAACCCCUUCGAUGACAACUAUAACACUAUUUCCUAUAAACCACUGCCUUCGUCCAAUCCCUACCUUAACCCCGGUUAUCCCGGCUUCGGAGGCUACAGCACAUUCAGAAUGCCACCCCACGUCCCCCCAAGAAUGUCUUCCCCCUACUGUGGCCCUUACUCACUCAGGAAUCAACCACAUCCAUUUCCUCAGAAUCCCUUGGGCAUGGGCUUUAACCGGCCGCAUGCUUUUAACUUCGGGCCACAUGAUAAUCCGAGUUUCGGAAACCCUCCUUACAAUAAUGUGCUUACUCAGGACAUGAACAUGCCUGGUCAGCAUUUUAGACAGAGCUCUGCCGAGAACUUCAGUCAGAUUCCCCCACAGAAUCCUGGCCAGGUAUCUAACCCUGACCUGGCAUCUAAUUUUGUCCCUGGAAAUAAUUCAAAUUUUACCUCUCCGUUAGAACCUAAUCAUUCUUUUAUUCCACCCCCAAACGCGUUUGGUCAAGCGAAAGCUCCACCUCCCAAACAAGACUUUCCCCAAGGGGCAACCAAAACCACGAGUCAGAAUUCCUCCGCUCACCCGCCUCACUUAAAUAUGGAGGACCCAGUCAAUCAGAGUAACGCUGAAUUAAAAAAUGUCAACAGAAACAAUGCCGUGCAAGAGAACAGCCGCUCGGGUAGUGCAGAGGCCACCAACAGCCACGCCAAUGGGACCCAGAACAAGCCUCGGCAGCCCAGGGGGUCAGCCGACCUGUGCACCACCGACAAAAGCCGCAAGUUCUCCCUGCACCCCAGCCGCCAUGGCCAUUCGUCUUCUGACCCGGUGUACCCGUGUGGGAUUUGUACGAAUGAAGUGAAUGACGACCAGGACGCCAUCCUGUGUGAGGCCUCUUGUCAGAAAUGGUUUCAUCGCAUCUGCACUGGAAUGACGGAGACAGCCUACGGGCUCCUGACGGCUGAGGCCUCGGCAGUGUGGGGCUGCGAUACGUGCAUGGCGGACAAGGAUGUCCAGCUCAUGCGCACUAGAGAAGCCUUUGGUCCACCUGCAGUGGGUGGCGAUUCCUAACCACGGCUGUUGCCUACCGUGGGUUCCUUUUUCUGUGUAGAACGGAGAUUUGGUGACAUGGGAUUUUAAUGUUCGACAUUUUUUGAGAUGGCACACACAAAAAUACUACAUCUUAGUUCUUACUAACGUUGUGCUUCAUUUUAUUGUUGGGUUUGCUGUCUUAAAUGAGAUUAAUGUGUGUGUGGGUGCCCUAGAGACACCUAUAAAUAAAUGUUCGUUGUUAUUUAUCAUAAACAUUAAAGCCUCUUGAAGCUUCAAAAUAGUAUAUGACAAAGGUAGGCAAGUUUUAACUUUCACAACUUAGUCAUUAAAGAUAUCUAUUUCACCGCUAAAUUUCGACCAUACGACAGUACACAUUUAGGUCAAGAGUAGACUGAUUUAACGUGUUAUCUGAAUACAAUCUGUGUAGUGAUAAUAUGGGGAGGUGUAUGUUUAAUGGAUUUUAAUAUUUUUUUUAUUAUUAUUUUAACGUUAGUACUUGACACCUGAUCCUUCCUCUGUGAGGGUCUUUGAAAUCUGCAAGUUUCAUUGUUUGAAUCAGUCUUUGCAGGAUAUCUGUGUAGGACAGACAGACAUGGGUCAUGUCAUAGUCUAUUCCCAGUAGUAGUUGCUAAUUACCGGUGGGCUGUGCCUCGUGAAAAUGCUAAUCUUAGCUCACUUAGUAACGUUAGCAUAAGGUAUGCUUCCCAGUGCCCCGGUGAGAAUUAGGCUGGCAUUACACUCUCAGUUUUUAACUUAUUGGUUUUUUUUUUUUUUUUGCUGUUGUGUUGUUGUUAAUGUCCCCCAUAUGAUGAUGUAGUAGCUUUAGAAUUGUGAGCUCUUUCUUCUACAUGCUUUUUAACUGGGACAUGCUGCACAGAGAAAAACAGAAGCAUCGGCGUGAUCUUAGCGUGCUCUGUGCUCUGCUGCUCUGAGAACCAAGCAGUGGUGGUUUCGGGGAUUCUGGAGAUCUGAGCUUGCAAAAGGAACCUAAGCAGAGUUCAAAGUCUGUUUUAAGGAAGACCAGGGGAGAUCCAAAGUCAAAAGUUACUUGGGGCUGUGCUUCAGGCUUAGUAGUUUCUGCUGUAACUGGGGACAGUGAGAGAAUGCACCGGAGAGGACGUUCCCUCUAAAGGGAUGCUCUAAGAUCCAAAGGGACACAUGCAUUUAAGGAGCAGAUCAUAACCUGUGACCACAAUAAACAAAUGGUCUAUAUGACAGUAGGUAGCAGCUUAGACAUUGGUGGGGUAUUGAUAACCUUCCCCAAUAAUGCUUUGCCAUUCAUUCAUUAUCAGCGUGACCAUAAGAAGUUCUGAAUGUGGGACCGGUAGCCUGCUCUAUAGACAAGAGCUCUUACUGUUCUUGCAGAGGACCUAGGCUCUAUUCCCAGAACCCAAAUUGGUCAGCUCACAACUGCAUGUAUCUCCAGUUCCAGGGGAUCUGAUGCCCUCUUCUGGCCCUUGUGGGCACUGCACACACAAGGUGCCCAUACAUAAUUCCCGCAUGCACAGAUACAUGUAAAAUAAAAAAAUCUUAAAAAUACAAUGAAAACAUUAAAAAAUGCAAAAUUCUGAAUGCUAUGGCGAUAAUCUAAGGAGACAGUUACUACAGUCAGCUUCACAGGAGAGAAAAUGACAGCAGCUACACAUUAUCGAGAAACCUAAAAGUAUGCAGAGAUUUUUGAUGUAGGGCCCAAGAGAGUUCUCUUAACUCUGAGCUGCUUUUCUGAAGGCCGCAGGUUUGAUUCCCAGCACCCAUGUGGCAGCUUACAACCAUCUAUAAUUCCAGUUAGUUCCAGAGGAUCCCACACCCUUUUCUGACCUCCACCCCAGGCACACAUGUGGUACACAGACAUUCAUGCAGGCAAAACUCCUAUACAUAGAAGAGUAAAUAAAUUCAAGAGAUAUUUUGACUUGAAAAAUCUUUUUUCUAAUGAAUAGAACCAUACUUUGACACAGGUGGACCGUACCUCACGUGUCUCAAAGCACCAAGGCACAGUUAACUGGCUUCACUGUGAACUUUGUCACCUAUCCACAUCCCUAGACCAUUAUUGAAUGGAAGGCUAGCUUUUCAUCAUCUGCCCAUUUUCUAAGAAACAAUUCCCCAAUUAAGUAGUAGUAACUAUAGGAUUUGAAUAAUUUAUGUAGAUAACAAAAUUAUGGAUUUUUUGAAUAUUAGACAUUUAAUAUCCUGUUGGUGGAAAGCAGUGCUUGUGAUGUAGAUUAUCACUGACUUAAACUUUUUUUAAAAAAAAAACAUAGUGCUUUGGGGUGAGGGGAAAAUAAAAAAGAUAUAUAAAAGCCGGGCGAUGGUGGCGCACGCCUUUAAUCCCAGCACUCGGGAGGCAGAGGCAGGCGGAUCUCUGUGAGUUUGAGGCCAGCCUGGUCUACAAGAGCUAGUUCCAGGACAGGCUCCAAAGCCACAGAGAAACCCUGUCUCGAAAAAACAAAAAAUAUAUAUAUAUAAAAUGCAAUGAUUUAAUUUUGACAUACAAGACAGUUUUGUACAAGAUAAUGCAAGGUUUUCUCCGUCUACCCUUGGGCGAUCCUAUAAUAUAUACGUUCACAGACAAUGAGUUUUGUAGCUAAUGUCUCUUCGUGUGCAAACGAGCAGUUGUGGAAAGCUAGGUACAGGGUGGGGGCUGGCCGCCAUGUGCUGGUGUCCAGGACAAUGUGCCCCGUAUUCUCAGGCUGUUAUUUUUGUUAGUUAAGUUUCUCAGUGUUUAAAGAUCUGGUUUUGUUUUUCUUGAAAUUCUUUUGCGUGCUGACUUUGAAGAUUUAUUUUGUUUUUAAUUCUAUCUGUGUAUGGGUAUGUGCACAUACAUGUAACACCCAUGGAGGCCAGAGGAGGGCAUCAGGUCUUCUGGAGUGACAGGCAGUUGUGAGCAGCCUGUGGUGGCUACUGGAAGCCAAACUCUGGUCCCUGCAAGAGCAGUACGCAUGCAUACUGUAAUCUCUGAGCCAUCUCUGGCCCCUUGAGUCCUGACUUUUGAGGAAUUAUCUACUUCAUGUUAUGUGUUCAUCCCUGGCGUUAGGUCCUGUCUCUGACUGAAUGGGGCACCAUGGCCAGUGCCCUCAGGACUUACGCUUCAUUGUGGUAGUGUUGAUUAGGUCAUUGUUUACAGUGGGCUAUGCAGCUCUGUAAGCCCUUCAUUGCUGAUGGUCUCAGUGGUUAGCUGUCUUUGUGAAGAUGAAAUGACCUCUCUAAAUGAAGUCUAGGGAUGUGACGUAUAAGGUGAUAUUUCACUUUAUUUCUGAGCUGUUGCUUUAAAAAAUACAGAUGAGUUUCAAGUAUUUUACAUUUACCAGACACCACGGUAAGAAUAUGAGAAAAACCAGUUGGUGCACACCUUUAAUUCCAACAUUCGGGAGGCACAGGCAGCAGGAUCUUUCUAAGUUUGAGAUGGUCUAAAGAGUGAGUUCCAGGAUAGCCAGGGCUACGCAGAGAAACCUGCCUAGAAAAACAAAAACAAACAAACAAAAAAAAAAAAACAAGAAAGAAAAGACAAGCCACUGGAGACAGAGACAAGAGGAUCUCUGUGAGUUCCAGGACACCCAGGCCUACAUAGUGAGACCCUAUCUUAAUAAAUAAAUAAAUAAGAAAGGAGAAAAAGGAAAGAAAAGCCCCACAUUUGUUUCAGCCGUGAGUCAUGGACAAGCUGUAAUCAUAGCUGACGAAUAUCUUCACAGGUUUGAAUUAAUUUUCAUACUAGUUCUAUAUCUGUCUCUACAAAAUACUAAGUCAAAAUUUAUAAAACGUAUAUAGAUGCUUUUGGUGAUGUAUUCAGCCCAGCAGUGGUGGUGCACGUCUUUAACCAGCACUCAGGAGGUAGAGGCAGGUGGAUCUCUGUGAAUUCGAGGCCAGCCUGGUCUACAGAGCGAGUUCCAGGAAGUCAGUGCUACACAGAGAAACCCUGUCUCAAAAAGCCAAAGAAAGAAAGAAAAAAUGUGAUAAAUUAUGAGCAUGGCUCAGAGAUUUUGUCUCAUUUCCCCAAAGAUGCCUGCUACACAGAUUGACAUGGAUUUUCUUAGGAUGAAGAGCUCCCAUCUUUAAAGAUAUGCCAGAGAUGAAGAAGUACGGGUAGAGGUGUGUUUUCUGGUAUAACCCUUUGCUUCACUGAGAGGCCUCCCCCUCACUCUACUUCUUUAAGCUCACUGUUAACACUGUGGCUCACGCAACAAGGCCAGGUUAUUGAUGAGGCUUUAAAGCAUCAGUUCCGGGGCUGGAUGGCUCAGUGGUUAAGAGCAUCUGCUGCUCUAGAGGACCCAGCUUCUGCUCCCAGCACCCUCACUAGCUCCCAAGCAUCUGUAACUCCAGGCACAGGGGAUCUGAUACCCUCUUCUGGCCACCGAGGGUGGUGCAUGUGUAUGUGACUUUUGAGCCUCCCUGUGGAUUCUGGGAUUUGAAACUGGAUCCUCUGGAAGACCAGCCAGUGAUCAUAACCCCUGAGCCACCGCUCCAGCCCUGUGUGUGAAUUUUGAAACAUGGAGCACUCACAGAGAAAUAAUAAUGAUAAACCUUUAAAGAAAAAAAGCAUUUGCUCUUUUCUGGGAGGUUUCCUUGCUUUUUCACUAGAGGGUUUCUGGUCCACAUGCUUCAGAGAUCCCAGGAUAUGCAAAUACUGAAGCAAUUUAGCUUAUCAAAAUAAACUUGUCUUCAAAUAGAGUGCUCAGAAUAAAUUUGUGAUCAGUGUCUUCCUCUGGGAUGGAACAUUAGUGCUCCUGUGGUCCUUGUCACCCGGAUUGGAAGGUUCCAUACAUACAGGAAAUGAGGCUUUACUUCUCUGGUGUUUAUUCUUUGUAGGUAAGCAGCAUAUAAUUUAGAUGACAGUCGGGUUUUGAGUUUUGCUUUCUUUUGUUUUUCAGACAUCCAACUCUGCCUAAUGAUAGAAAGAACUCUUAGUAAUACUGGUCACCGUGCAAUCUGAUUGAUAUCAUCCUAAAAAAGUACCAGGCAUCCUCGUCUAACAGUCUUUCAAACUUACUUGAACAAAUUAGCACGCCAAUGUUUCUCCCGUCCUCGGGCUGGUAGAACACGAAGCCGAUGAGCAAGCGGCCGUUUUAAAGGGGUCUUCUAAAGUGUGUAGAACUUCCUUUUUGUAAUGUAGAGAGGUUUUGUGUGCAGGUACAUUUGUGCUGUCUUAGGCUUUUCUAAUUCAAAAAGUUGAAAAUCAACCAGACUCACAGCUCAUUUGUAAAUAAUAGUUGGAAAGUCGGUGUGAGAUAGUUAGGUUCCUAGGGACCUCAUGAGGCUCAUGAUCAUGUCUGUGUAAGAGAGAGAAACUGUGAUCUCCCGUCCUUCCUCUGUGGUUAGGGAAGGCGAUGUUUACUGGCAUGGGUGAUUCUUAGUUGCCCUCUUAGCAUCUGCUGUAGAAGCAGGUUUGUCUUUUUCCCUCUAGAAUGUUCCAACUUCUCCGCCUUUGCUCCGAUCAGAAGUUGCUUUGUGAGUUGGGGAUGUGGCUCCAUUAGUACAGUACUUGCCUAGCAUUCAUGAAACCCAGGUCCCAUCCCCAGAACCACACAAAAACAGGACGCAGUGUACCCACCUGAAAUCCCAGCACUUGGGAGGAGGAACAGAAACUCAAGGUCAUCCUCAGCUACGUAGAGCCAGUUUGAGGCUAGCCUGGGCUACGGAAGACUGUCUGGAAAGAAGGAAAUGACUUCAUCGUGUGGUGUUGGGUGGCUAGAUUUUAAGAGAAGAGCCUUUCCUCCUGAGAUAUGGAGAAUGUGACGCUACAUUUCCUUUUGCGAAGAGUCUUCAGACUAUAACAUCUAACAUUUCAGACUGGCCCAGUCCCAGGCGUAUUUUUUGCAAAUCAGCUGCCCCUGUCUUUGGACUACUUCCUCCAGAAAAGUCUGGACCUUCACAGCUUUCCUGAGCCCAGAGGUUCUGUUCUCAUCCCCAGAUUUCAACAACUUCCUCUUCCUGUCUUCUCCACUUACUCAAGAGAACAGUGUAAAAUCAUGUCCGCAUUUACCGAUUCUUGGUAAAUUCUGGGACAGGAGUUCUGAGGCUCUGGAGCACCGAGGCCAGAAAGAGCCCUCACAUAUCCCAGGGCAGAUGGUCAAAGGGAGACGGAUGAAGGUGGCCACGUAUAAGCCAAAGCCUCAAGACGUGGGACACUUGCCUGCGAGUAAUGAGAAACUCAGUAAAAGCCGUGGGAGACCUCGCCUGUGUCCUGUUUUCCCACUAACACGUGACUUGCAGUUAUUAUCAACAUGUCUCUAAGUACAUGUAUGUACCUCUUGUUCUGUGGUAAGUGGUGUUGCUUGUUAGUUACAUGUUAUCUUAUAUAAAGAGUCCUGCUUCUUAUCAUGAUGUAUGUGACUUGAACAAUUGUUUCAUAUUAAAACUAUCUUCCCUGUGUACUGUUGACAUAUGCCUCUUUUUGGGAUAUCAGCUCAGUACCUUUAUACAAACUCAAGUGUGUUCCACAUUGGUGACAUGUAUUU